AUGAGCGCAUUAAUGAAAGCAGCUAUUUCAAGAAGCCCGGCAUCGCUGGCCACUUAUGUGUAUAGGAAUCUGCAUUUGUCUGUUGGAGGUGCCAGACCUGCAAAAGAUGGAUCUGUUAACACUAAUAUAUCUAAAGCAUACACAGUAAUUGAUCAUCAACAUGAUGCAUUAGUUAUUGGUGCCGGUGGUGCUGGUCUACGGGCAGCUUUUGGCCUUGUACAGGAAGGCUUUAAGACAGCUGUUGUGACCAAACUUUUCCCAACAAGAUCACAUACUGUUGCUGCCCAGGGUGGAAUCAAUGCUGCUUUAGGUAACAUGGAGGAAGACAGUUGGCUUUGGCAUAUGUAUGAUACGGUAAAGGGCUCUGAUUGGCUUGGUGAUCAGGAUGCCAUUCACUAUAUGACUAGAGAAGCACCAUAUGCUGUAAUUGAACUUGAUAACUAUGGAAUGCCUUUCUCCCGUACACCUGAGGGUAAAAUAUAUCAAAGAGCUUUUGGAGGACAAUCUUUGAAGUUUGGUAAAGGUGGCCAAGCACAUAGGUGCUGUGCUGUAGCUGACAGGACUGGUCACUCCCUACUUCACACACUAUAUGGACAAUCUCUGAGAUAUGAUUGUGAAUACUUCAUUGAGUAUUUUGCUUUGGAUCUUUUGAUGGAAGAUGGUGUUUGUAAGGGAUGCAUCGCCCUCAAUCUUGAAGAUGGAACAUUGCAUAGGUUCCAAGCGAAGAACACGAUCCUGGCAACGGGAGGCACGGGUCGCGCGUACUUCAGCUGCACGUCGGCGCACACGUGCACCGGCGACGGAACCGCCAUGGCGGCUCGCGCCGGCCUGCAGAACGAGGACAUGGAGUUUGUGCAGUUCCACCCUACAGGAAUUUACGGCGCAGGCUGCCUAAUGACGGAGGGUUGCCGCGGUGAGGGCGGUUUCCUGGUUAAUGCGAAGGGCGAGCGCUUCAUGGAGCGGUACGCACCAGUGGCCAAGGACCUGGCCAGCCGGGACGUCGUGUCGCGUUCUAUGACCAUUGAGAUUAUGGAAGGUCGUGGAUGCGGUCCCGAAAAAGACCACGUACACCUUCAACUUCACCACUUGCCACCCGAUCAACUCAAGCAGCGUCUGCCCGGCAUCUCUGAAACUGCUAUGAUUUUCGCUGGCGUCGACGUUACAAAGGAGCCUAUUCCUGUGCUGCCGACCGUGCAUUACAACAUGGGUGGCACGCCCACUAACUUCCGUGGCGAGGUGAUCCGGCACGCGGAGGGGUCGGACCAGGUGGUGCCGGGGCUGCUGGCGGCGGGCGAGGCGUCGUGCGCGUCGGUGCACGGCGCCAACCGGCUGGGCGCCAACUCGCUGCUCGACAUCGUGGUGUUCGGCCGCGCCUGCGCGCUCACCGUCGCCGCCACCAGCCGCCCCGGCGACGCGCAAGCGCCGCUCAAACAGACAUCAGGAGAAAGUAGUAUUGCAAACCUGGACCGGAUCAGAUACGCGGAUGGAUCAAUUCCUACAGCCGAAUUGCGCUUGCGCAUGCAACGGUGCAUGCAGAAGAAUGCCGCUGUGUUCCGACAGAAGAGCACACUAGAAGAAGGGCAACGUCAAAUCAACGAGAUCUACAAGCAGAUCAAGGACGUAAAGGUGUCCGACCGGUCGCUGAUCUGGAACUCGGACCUGGUGGAGACGCUGGAGCUGCAGAACCUGCUCAUCAACUCGGUGCAGAUCGUGGAGGGCGCGCUGGCCCGCGAGGAGUCCCGCGGCGCGCACGCGCGCGAGGACUUCAAGACGCGCCGCGAUGAAUACGACUACUCCAAGCCGCUAGAAGGACAGACGAAAUUACCCUUCGAGAAACACUGGAGAAAACACACACUGGCAGAAACUGACUCUGAAACCGGCUUGACCAAGCUUUCCUACCGGCCAGUCAUCGACGAGACCCUCGACCAGAAGGAGUGCAAAACCGUGCCGCCUGUCAUCAGGACCUAUUAG